AUGCAUUCACCAUAUUUAGACCAGUGUAAAGCUGUACAUCGCUUAUUGACAACAUCAUUUAGUAAUAAUAAUAAUAAUAAUACAAAAACUGUAUCGGAUAAUUUAUCCAAUGAAUCAUCAACAAAUAGUUCAGGUUUUCAUUCAAAAUCAACAACAACUAUAUUCAAUAAUGAAUAUAGUCCGAGAUUAGCCGAAACAGUUGAAUUACCAUUUUCAGGUGUAUAUCCUAUGUACAAAUGCCAAUAUCAAAUGAAUGUGUGA